CCAUGGUGAGUGGUACCUUGAUCGAACUAUAAAAUAAAGGCCCAGAAGUUCUUAACACACUGUUCUCUCCCUCCCUCAUUGUUUUUAGCAUCAUCAUCACUUGAGGGAGUGGAGUGAUUUGAGUUGAACGCUUAACAUCAAUUGGUCCAAAAUGUACCCACAGCAACAGCAACAUCACCUUGUUCCCGUCACCAAUUUGCAGCAACCGUACUAUUCUGCAAACCCAUAUUUGAUACCUUACCCUCACACCUCAGAUUCUGCAAUUCAUCCUCCUGGCACCGACCCACCUGGAAAUUCAACUUCUUUAUCUGUUCCUGAUGCCCAAACAACAGAUUCUCAGUACUGGGUCGUCGCUGAACCCAUCAGAUAUGAUCUUGCUUCUGGUUCAUCACAUGUGACUCCAGUGGCGUCUGCAAGUUUGCCUUAUGCAUGGAAUGGCGCAUGGUCACAUCAAGUUUUCACUAAUGAUGCCACGGUUGUGUUGCCUCAUAAAACCAAAGUCACCAAAGCAAUGCGAUGUGAAGUUUGUAAAAUUGAUUGCAAUACUGCAGAUGUUUAUGAAAAACACAUAUUGGGAAAGAAACACAAAAAAAAAUUGCAGGUAUGGAAUAAUCCCACUACUGCAUUAUUACCGGGACCCUCUCAUGCAAAUGUGCAAAGUUCGACAAGUGGUAUCCAAGGACAAGUUCAAGUUGGGGCUGAAGGUGAGGAAUUAGAAUCUAAGAAACGGAAGGAUUUGAGUGGUGGAACACCCAUGGACUCCGUAAAGAUUUGCACGGUGUGCAACGUUAUGUGCAACAGUGAAGACACGUAUAGCAAGCAUCUAGCUGGGAAAAGGCAUACGGCUCAGGUUGGCUUGAUGAAUAAUAAUGGGAUUGGUCCUUCUGUUGCUGCAUUCAAGCGUCGAAAAGCUCCAAAGAAAAUACAGGUUGCUCAAUCAGCAUGGUGUGAAGUUUGUAAGAUUACUUGUGACACCAAGGAUAUGUAUAUUAUCCACUUAUCUGGGAAGAAACACCUGAAAAACUUGGAGAAACUGUCAAAACCAGAAACUGGUGUCGGUGCCAGUGCCGCACCUGCAAAUCCAAUAAUCGGGCCACUGGAAAAGCCAGGUUCUGAUAAACCAAGAAAGGCACCAGAAAUGGAUAUUGAGACAAAGAAACGUAAAAUUGUUGAAGGAGGGGCUGCAGAAGCUGCUGUUAGAUUGUGCGAUCUAUGCAACGUGGUGUGCAACAGCGAGAAAGUUUUCAAUACUCACCUUGUUGGACAUAAACACGCUGCUAUGGUGAAGAAGAAGCAGGCAGAGUCAAGCACUAGCUGAUGUGGUUGAUGCUGCCAUAGUGGAGAGACUGUGCUGUUGUUAUAAGUUACAACUGUUCUUAGUUGAUAUUUAAGAGUACCAGAGGAACUCACAACAAUUUGUGAUUUAGAAUAUAAAUGUUUUUAACAUCCGAGAUGCAUGGAGGUUCUGCAAAAUUGAUUUCAGUAGCAAAAAGGUUUAUGACAAGCA